AUGAAAGGGAAAGAGCUUAUGGAUUCCAGUCUACUUUGGAGAAUUGGUGAUGGUUGUUCUAUUGACAUUCGGCGGGAUCUGUGGAUUCCUAUGAGUCACAACCGUAAACUGUUAGGUGUUAUAAACAUCCCUGAUUGGAAUAGGGAUAGAUUGACAAACUCUCUUCAAGCUGAUGAUGUUGAGAAAAUUCUCCAAAUUCCCAUUAGUUCCCGGUUGCCUCCUGAUAAGCUUUACUGGCCUCUUAGCAAGAAUGGAAUUUACUCCGUCAAAUCCAGAUACUACGAAGCUUGCAAGUUGUUGGAGUGCACUAAGCCUGGUUCAUCUUCUCAGGUAAACACUGACUCUAGAAUCUGGACAAAGGUGUGGAGCUGCUCAGUCCCUCCUAAAGAUAGGUGCCAUCGCUCCGAGGAAUCUGCCAUGCAUGCCCUAAAAGACUGCGAUAUUGUGCGAGGACUGUGGCUAACUUCUCCACUAGGUCUCAGGUCUAAGUUAUCAGCUUGCUCCUCGAUGACAGAUUGGGUUGCAGCUAUGUUCAGGUCAUUAAAGAGUGAAGACGCUGUGAUUUUUGUGCUGAGUUUGUGGGUUAUCUGGAAUGAUAGAAAUAAUCUUGUGUUUGAUAAUCCGAGAGUCCCUCCGCCUUUCUUAUUCCAUUGUAUUCCAGGAUUCCUAGGUACAAUGUAG